AUGUGCAACGACACGGAAGGCAACCUGUUGACAGACAAGACUGCGGUGGCGGCUAGGUGGAAGGAGCACUUCCAGCAGCUGUUGAACGGUGAGGCACGAGAGGGAAUCGUCGAGGACAGAAUACACGUUGAGGAAGAUGGAAAAGCUGUGGACCCGCCUACGUUGGAGGAAGUAGCUAAGGCUGUUAAAGAGCUCAAGAACGGGAAAUCCGCGGGAAAUGACGAACUUCCGGCCGAACUUUUCAAGCACGGGGGUACGCGGAUGACCGAGAUUCUGCACCAAAUCAUCCUACGCAUUUGGUGCGAAGAACAGCUUCCGACCGACUGGUUAGACGGGCUCGUCACCCCAAUCUACAAGAAAGGGCAAAGACUCGAUUGUGCCAACUAUCGAGGCAUCACAAUCCUCAACGCAGCGUACAAAGUACUCUCCCGCAUCCUGUGGAGCAAGCUGAGACCGAUGACCGAGACCUUUGUCGGCGAAUACCAGUGCGGUUUUCGAGCGGGUCGGUCAACGACGGAUCAGAUGUUCACUCUGCGACAAAUCCUCGACAAGUUCCGGGAGUACAACCUGCAAACACACCAUUUGUUCAUCGACUUCAAAGCGGCGUACGAUUCGGUCAAAAGAAACGAACUUUGGAAGAUUAUGGUAGAACACGGCUUUCCGGCGAAGCUUAUAAGACUGAUUCGUGCAACGCUCGACGGAGCAAAAUCAAGCGUGCGAAUAGCCAACGAGACAUCUGAAGCUUUCGUUACGUUGGAUGGAUUGAAGCAGGGCGAUGCUCUCUCGAACUUACUGUUCAUCAUAGCGUUGGAGGGUGCUGCGCGAAGGGCAGGCGUGCAAAGAAACGGAACACUCAUCACUAAAUCGCACAUGCUGCUUGGAUACGCUGACGACAUCGACAUCAUUGGUAUCGACCGUCGUUCAGUGGAGGAGGCGUUCGUCCCUUUCAAGCGGGAAGCUGCGAAGAUCGGACUGACCAUUAACACUGCCAAGACCAAGUAUCUGGUUGCUGGCAGAGCGCGUGGCAGUGCAGGUGAUGGUGUUUCGGAGGUGGAAAUAGAUGGAGAAAGAUAUGAGGUGGUGGAUGAAUUUGUAUAUCUUGGUACACUCGUGACGUGCGACAACGAUGUGAGCUGCGAAGUGAAACGGCGGAUUAGUGCUGCAAACAGGGCCUUCUACGGUCUUCGUAGCCAGCUAAGGUCCCGCAGCCUAAGGACGCCUACGAAAAUCACGCUGUACAGGACCUUGAUACUCCCUGUAGCUCUUUACGGUCACGAGUCAUGGACGCUAAAGGAGGCUGACCAGAGAGCACUUGGGGUCUUCGAGCGGAGAAUCCUGCGUUCUAUCUUCGGCGGCAAGCAAGUAGGAGACCGGUGGCGCAGGCGCAUGAACUUCGAGCUGUACCAAGACUACAAACAUGCUGAUAUCGUAAAAGUCAUCAAGCACGACAGGCUGAAGUGGGCUGGACAUGUAGCCAGAAUGUCGGACGAGCGGGCGGCUAAAACGAUAUUCAGUAGCGAACCUGGACGGGGUCGUCGGCUUCGUGGAAGGCCUCGUACGCGUUGGCUGUGUGCAGUCGACGAAGAUGCAAGAGCGGCCAACAUUGUGGGCGACUGA